CUGAGCUCGCCCGGCCCGGAGCGCGGGCCCCGCCGCUGGGCGGCCAUGAGCACUGAGGGACCGCCGCCCCCCGCCGCCCCCAGCGGGCGCCCCGGCCGCCUGCUGGAGCCCGCGCGGACCAGAACUGGCAUUGCCUUGCUGCACCGCGAGGGGUCUGGAAGCACCUAUGACGUCCGCCUGAAGCUGACAAAGGAGGUCCUCACGAUCCAGAAACAAGACGUGGUCUGUGUCGGUGGGAGCAGUCACGGCACACAUCACAGAACUGUUACGCUUCGCAGAGAGCCGGUUGGCGGCUUGGGCCUGAGUAUAAAGGGAGGCGCCGAGCACAGGGUCCCUGCCGUCAUAUCGAGGAUAUUCAGAGGCCACGCAGCUGACCAGACAGGGAUGUUGUUCGUAGGAGAUGCCGUGCUGCAGGUUAAUGGCAUUAAUGUAGAAGAUGCAACCCAUGAAGAAGUGGUGCAUCUUUUGAGAAAUGCCGGCGACGAAGUGACCAUCACUGUUGAGUAUCUCAGGGACGCGCCGUCAUUUCUGAAGCUCCCAUUAGGGUCCGCAGGGCCAGCCAGCGACCACGGCAGCCGGGCCUGCUCUCCACUGUUUGACAGCGGCUUGCAUUUGAACGGCAACCCCACCAGCAGAGCUCCAUCAUCACCUUCCUCGCCUGUAGCUAACGAACCAAAGUAUGAGAAGCGCUGGCUAGACACCCUGUCAAUUCCUCUGUCUAUGGCUCGAAUCUCAAGGUACAAGGCUGGAGCGGAGAAAUUAAGGUCCAGCGCGUUCAAGGUGCUGGCUCUGGACGGGGUCAGCACGGGGAUCCUGCAGUUUCACACGGCUCAGGAGAGCGCUGACUGGCUGAGAGCAGUGUCCACGAACAUCAGUGACCUGACAAGACAGAGGGUGAGGACGGAGAAUAAGUGCUCUUCCCCUUGUGACCAGGUCGUGCAUAUGGGGUGGGUCAGUGAGAGACUCGAAGGCACCGGCUCCUGUCACACCUUCCGAUCCAAGUUCCUGGCCCUGAAAGGCUCGUCCCUCCAUGUGUUCAGCACCCCUCCGGUUAGCAUGUUAGACUGGGUACAAGCAGAAAAAACCUACAACCUCUGUGAGGUACUAUUUAAACUUCACAAGUUCUGGCUCGCUGAGGAUUGCUGGCUGCAUGCGGACCUCGGCCUGGGGCCUCGCAGCCUUGAGGACACGUGGCCCUACUGCUUCAGUGUCCUGGUCGGCCGUGGCCAGAGUCGCCUGUUCAGCGUGGAGCUGGGGAGUGAGCUGGCUGCGUGGGAGAGGUCUUUCCAAAGAGCUACUUCCAUGGAAGUUCAGAGAACCGGGUCCAGAACAUAUGCGUGUAGCUGGCAAGGAGAAACGCUGUGUUUCACGGUGGAUUUCGCUUUGGGAUUCACCUGUUUUGACAGUAAGACAAAGAAUGUGCUCUGGAGAUUUAAAUUUUCUCAGCUUAAAGGAUCUUCAGAUGACGGAAACACUCGAGUGAAGCUGCUGUUCCAGCAUCUGGACACCAAACAGAUAGAGGUGAAGGAGCUCGAAUUCCCGGACCUGACGGCCGUCCUGCACUGCAUUCACGCCUUCCUAGCAGCAAAGGUGGCCUCCGUGGACCCCACGUUCAUGGACCGCCAGAGCAUCGCGAGGAAAGUGCUUCUGUUGAGCACUGAACAUUAAAUUAUUUUCUUAAGAAAUGAGUUUUUCCUGCAAAUAUUGCAACUUUGUGUGAUUUUAUAACGAGCCUAUAAUUGUGAUACCAAUAAAAUAUG